AUGGAUCCCCAACAGCGAAUACUUCUUCAAGUUGUCUUUGAAGCGAUUGAAGACGCUGGCACCCUUGAGGACUUACAACAAUGUCGAACUGGCGUUUAUGUUGGAUCUAUGUGCACGGAAUAUAGUGCACUGGUUUUUGAUCAUUCGAAUAUUAGAAAGAUUGAUCAGUUCUCGUCAACUGGCUGCUCUAUGUCAGUUAUAGCCAAUCGCAUUUCUUUUUCUAACCUAACUGGCCCUAGCAUCGCUUUGGAUACUGCUUGUUCCUCGUCUUUGGUUGCUUUGGACAUUGCAUUUCAACACUUACAAACUGGCGAGUGUGACGCAGCUAUAGUUUGUGCCCCUAAUAUAAUUCUCAUUGGAAACCAAUUUCACACGGCAUGCUGCAGAACUGGGCUGUUAGCCGAAGAUGGUCGUUGCAAAUGUUUUGAUAUCAAAGGUGACGGCUAUGGGCGAGGAGAAGGUGUAGCUGCAAUCUUAAUAAAACCUACCCAAACAGCCUUAGAUGAUAGAGAUAAUAUCUAUGCAGAGGUCUUGGCUUGCGGAACAAAUAAUGAUGGCCAAACAGCGAUUCCAAUGACAGCACCUAGUCAGGUAACACAAGCCGCUCUUUUUAAGAGAGUUCUUCAAGAGUCAGGUCUGACCAAGGACGAUAUAACAUACGUGGAAGCACAUGGCACCGGUACAGCCGUUGGAGAUGUCGUCGAAAUGGGAUCACUAUCAGCAGUCUAUGGCAAUAGUGGCAAAAGAUUACUUCGUGUAGGAUCAGUGAAAUCAAACGUAAACCAUACGGAGUCAACAGCAGGUUUAGCUGGACUAAUCAAGACAUGUCUGAUGAUAAAACAUGCCCAAUUUGUUCCUACUAUUAAUGUUCAACAAGUUAAACCACAGCUCAUGAUGCCUGAAAGAAAAAUGGUGGUUCAAGUUUCCAAUGAAACUUGGAAAACCGAGGAUGAUAAGCCGAGAACCGCCGCGGUAUCUUCGUAUGGAUUCGGCGGCGCAAAUGCCCAUGCAAUCAUUAGGGAAGUAACUACAAAGCCAACAACUAUAAUCCCAAGCAGAAAUUCAUCCAACAGAGUUCUAACAUUGUCGGCAGCGUCGAAAGAAGCAUUGAGAGCAAUGGCUAAAAAGGUGUCCUUAUCGCUAAAGAUAAAGCCUGAUGACGACGAACUUCUUAAAGAUAAUAUUUGUUAUUCCCUCAACGAAAGGUACACAAUGCAACUUUAUCGCUUGGCGGUUAGCUUUAUUCAUUUCAAGAUGCAGCUAAGGCAUUAG